CAAUAAUGUAAUAAUGGAGCAUUAACUCGUUAUUGUGUUGGAUUUAUUUUAUUUUAUAUACCUCACUAGUCAAUAUGAAUUGGUACAUUAUAUUUUUUUGUUUAUGUUAUACCGCGAAACACUUGGUGAAUUCCAUAGAAGAAGAUUGUACCGAUUUUCAAGGACAAACAAUUGAACAUGGUGUUCUGUAUGUACCAGGACCUGCCGUAUGUACGAUGUGUGUCUGUUACCACAGUGAACCUAUGUGGUGCAAAGCCAUUUACUGUGAUCCACCAUACUUUUGUAACAAAUUCCGUGUUGGUGAAAGAUGCUGUGAAUUUGAAUGUUUAGAUCCACCUGGUGAUACUGCUUCCAAAAUGCUGCAAGCUUAUAGAGAGAAAAAACAAAGGAAAAAUUCAUCAAUUCAAACUAUCAAUUCUAAUUUAUAUAUAUAUAUAUAUAUUUAUAUUUGUCUUGUAUAUAUUUCAUUGUAUUUUAUUUAAUUAGAUAAGAAAACUAAGAAAUAUUUCUAAAAAUAAACAUUUUCUGGAUUUUUAGUUUUCAUUA